GGCAGAACCGCGGGCACCGGGUCACCAAGCUCGACAGUGGGCACCGAGUCAUCUGGCACGACAGGGGGCACCGAGUCACCGGGCAAGUCAGCGGGCACCGAGUCACCGGGCAAGUCAGCGGGCACCGAGCCAUCAGGCACGACAGCGGGCACCGAGUCAUCUGGCAGAACAGCGGGCAACGAGUCAUCUGGCAGAACAGCGGGCAACGAGUCAUCUGGCACGACAGCGGGCUCCGAGUCAUCUGGCACGACAGCGGGCUCCGAGUCAUCUGGCACGACAGCGGGCUCCGAGUCAUCUGGCACGACAGCGGGCACCGAGUCACCGGGCAAGUCAGCGGGCACCGAGUCACCGGGCAAGUCAGCGGGCACCGAGCCAUCGGGCACGACAGCGGGCACCGAGCCAUCUGGCAGAACAGCGGGCAACGAGUCAUCUGGCACGACAGCGGGCAACGAGUCAUCUGGCACGACAGCGGGCAAUGAGUCAUCUGGCACGACAACGGGCUCCGAGUCAUCUGGCACGACAGCGGGCACCGAGUCAUCUGGCACGACAGCGGGCACCGAGUCAUUUGGCAGAACCGCGGGCACAGGGUCACCAAGCUCGACAGUGGGCAAUGAGUCAUCUGGCACUGGGUCAUCAGGC